AUGGCCACGGCUGCCGAUUCCUCUUCCGCCAAUCACCACUCUCCUAGGCCUGAUUUCGACGGCGGCGGCGUCAAUAGACGAACCACUCCCUGGGCCAAGGUCGUACGAGGGGAUUCGGAGUCGUCUUCUUCGAUAACACCCAAUCAUCAAUCUCCACCGUCGCCGCCGCCGCCUUCGACCUCUGUGCCGGAGCAAAACCCCUCUUCUGCGACGGCGGCAACGGCUCGUUCUUCGCCUUCUCCGCCGCCGCCAGCGGAUGCUUCCUCAGCUGCUGCUGCUGCUGAGAGCGCCGAUGGACAAAACGGCAAUGCGGCUCGGGGAAAGAAGCCAGCUUGGAACAAGCCCUCCAAGGACGCCGUUGAGGUUGGUCCGGUAAUGGGUGCGGUGGCUUGGCCUGCUUUGUCUGAGUCGGCUAGGGCUUCACCUAAAUUGCCAGCUGAUUCGUCUUCCAAGACUGUCACUGAUGUCUCAGUCCCACCACCUGUAUCUCCGGGACCUGUUAUAACACCUUCACCCAACUCCAAAAAGCUCCAUGGUAAUCAUGCAAACACUAACCCAACAUCAACUCAUGCAAUGCCAGCUCGACAAAGACCAACAAAACGUGGCGGCGGGAGCAGCACGGGGGGUGCAAAUGCACAGGCACAUCCACACAGUGGUUUUGCACACCCUCCCCUACCGCCACCACCGCCACCAUUCCCUGUUUUCCCUCUACCAAAUGGCUAUGGUACUUUGGUGCCUGCCAUGCCUGAUCCUUCUCCAAGAGACCCCUCUUUUCGUGGCAGCAAUUGGGACGCUAGACCGAUUGGUAUUGGGCAUCAAACACACCAAGUAAAUGAUCCCAGGAAUUCUUCGCGCAGGGGAAAUUUUGGUUCCCACACGCGUGGAGAUGGUCCUUUCCACAACAAUUAUGGGAGCAAGCGUGAUCAACAAGAUCGUGGAAAUUUUAUGAAUGGCAGAGAUGUCCAGAUGCAUCAGCUGCAGAGACCUCCUCCAAGGGGCCUUGUAAGACCGGUACCACCAAGUAGUGCUGCAUUUACCCCUCAGCCGGUAAGACCAUUUGCCAACCCCAUGGGUUUUCCAGAGUUUGUUUACAUCCCUACAUUGCCUUUGGAUCCAAUCAGGAUGCCAUUCAUUCCCCAUGCACCACAUCCUGCAAUGUUUAUGCCUGUUGCAGAAUCCCCUAUGCCUUCUCUUCCUUCAUUGAUAGUCAACCAAAUAGAUUAUUACUUCAGUGACACUAACCUGAUAAGAGAUGAAUAUUUGCGGUCAAACAUGGAUGCUCAAGGAUGGGUUCCUAUAUCUCUAAUAGCAAACUUUCCUCGAGUUAAGAGUCUGACAACUAAUGUCCAGUUGAUAAUGGAUUCCUUGAGAGCUUCAAGUAUUGUUGAAGUACAGGAUGACAAGGUUAGGAGGCGUAACGAUUGGACAAAAUGGAUAUCAACUAGUGGUCGGCUUGCAUCCGAAUCAGGCUCAUCGUCCGGUGACGUACAAAGUUCUGACAUGCUUUCAACUUCUUUUCAAAAGAUGACAGUUGAUGAUGCGUCUACGAGCCAAAGUAGUAUGGCAGGUAACCCAGAUGUGAACUCUAAGGCUACUCCACAGAACUUUUCAACUGAGUCAGCUGGAGUGUCACAGCUCCCCAACGGGGAUGUCACUCAAAACAAUAGUUGAAGUUGAAAUACAUCAAUAUGUACCACCAAUACAUUCAAGCAAAAUCCAGGCGAAAAAGUGCUCUUCUGAUCUUGGAAGGGUUCGUUAAUCAAACGAAGAGGAAGGUUGCUAUAGUGAAAGCCCGCAAUCACCAUUUCUUUAUAUUCUGUUACUUUGCCUAGUUUUGGCAUGUUUUUGAGGCUAGUACAGAAACAAAUAAGAAAUAAUCAUAAAUUAUUCUUCAUGCACGAAGAGGGGAAGAUUGACAUGGAGCAGAAAACAGGCAGAAUUUUGAGGUUAUUGGGUUGUAUAGUUUGGAUUUGGUGUGAAUGUUUGUGGUUGCUUCUAUUUUUUGGGGUGCAUUUUGAUGGCAUAUGUAGGCAAAAAUGGAUCAGAGCUUCGAACGAGAUGUUCUUUUCAGGGUAUUAAGGUUUGGGAAAGUAAGCUUUUGGGUAUGCAGCGCAGUUCUGGUGGAGGUGAUGAUUGAAACUGAAGUGCACUGCACUUAUGUUUGUUUGCCGAAGUUGGUCGGACCAUGCUUGAAAUUUGGCAAUUUUGUACUCAUAAAUUUUAUUAAUGUUUCUUUUAUAGUUU